AUGGCGUCCGCAGUUGCCCGCCUCCACCGCAUGCAAUGCCUACUCUCCCUCGCAUCCUCCUUCACUGCGUCCCCGUCUAGCGGGGCCAUGAUCUUCCUCCCCACCCACCGCCGUGCCAUGAUGUCUGCCCUCUCGCGACGACCCGCCGACUACAACAUCCGCCGAUUGCCACGUCCGUCCAAGCCGCUGAGCCAGACACCCCCUGCGAAGGCGAAAGCUCCGUCGACGAACUUGCUCUCCCCCGAUGCGGCGUCGCCGCAAGUAGCAGCGCGCCCGCCGCUCGCUCCGAAGAACGAGGGGCACAAGCCCACCAUCAAACCGACCAAAGCUGUCAUCACAGUCACACCCGGCGCUGUGCGGCGGCUCCGCCUCAUACGGAUAGGCGUGCGGAACAAGGGCUGCGCAGGGCUCUCGUACCACCUCGAAUACGUCGACAAGCUGGGCAAGUUCGACGAGGUGGUCGAGCAGGACGGCGUGAAGGUCCUCAUCGACAGCAAGGCGCUCUUCUCCCUCAUCGGCAGCGAGAUGGACUGGCAUGAGGACGCGCUCAGCACGAAGCUCGCGUUCAAGGACCCGAACAUCAAGGACCCGUGCGGGUGCGGAGAGGCGUUCGGCGUCGGCUCGUGA